GAAGGUAGCUGACCGAACCACCCGCUCAGUCUUCACUGCCGCUCCGAAGCCUGAACCCUCUCUUCUCCGGCGGCGCGCGGCACCCUCCCGGCGGGCGAGUCGCCGGAGCCCGCUCCCCCUCCUCCUCCCCCGGCGCCGUCUGGAUGGAGCCCAGGUAGGCGCUGUUCCCUCGACCUUAUCGCCCCCCUGACUUGCCCGGCUCUCACGGCGCUCUGUCGGGCAGCUCCCCAGGCUGUUUAGACCGGCGGCCUGCGGCGGCGGCGGGGCGAGGCCGGGCGCCGGAUCCAGCAUGCAGAGGGCGGGGCUCCUCACGCCGUUCCCCCUGAGGGCGCGGGCCACGGCCAGGACCUGCAUGGUCUCCAGCUUCGCCACGGAGUUGCUCGAGAUAAGAUCCAGGGAGCCUUCGCCGUCGCUCCACGUUCUGGUCGUCCCUGGAAAUCCAGGUAUUGUUGGAUUCUACAGGGACUUUGUCGAAGCCCUGUAUGAAAACCUCGGCGGGCAGGCAUCUGUUACGGCGAUAGGGCACAUUUCACAUGGGCAGAAGGAUUACGAGCACGGACGAUUGUUUUCAUUACACGAACAGAUUGAGCACAAGAUUGAUUUUCUUGAGCAAGAGCUUCUACAUACCGAACAGUCCAUAAUUGUGGUGGGUCAUUCUAUUGGCGCGUACAUAGGUCUGGAAAUAUGCAAAAGAUUUCAGAAGAAGGUAAUUUUUUUUGUGGGGCUUUAUCCAUUUUUGACAUUGAACAAGAAUGCUAUGAAGCAAUCAGCAAUUGGAUAUGUUGCAAGGUCAUCUCUCCUUAGUAAAGGGGUUAGUUUGUUAGUGUCUUUCAUCGGCUCACUCCAGGCUUCAGUUACGAGGAGCAUUGUGAAAAGGUUCCUUGGAUCUUCUUGGUCUACAGCAGCCAUUGAUGCUGGAUGUAGCCAUCUCUUGCAGUACCAUACGAUGCGCAAUGUGCUUUUCAUGGCAAAGACAGAGUUCGAAAAGCUUCACGAAGAGCCGGACUGGAAUUUCAUCAGAGCAAAACAGGACCAAAUUGCUUUUCUGUUCGGUGUGGAUGAUCACUGGGGUCCACUAACUCACUUGGAAGAGAUCUCAAGGCAUGCUCCAGGGGUUGCCUUGUCGGUCGAGAAAGAAGGUCAUACACACGGCUACUGCUGCACGGAGGCUGGAUCCUUCUGGGUUGCUGACUACGUCGCAAACUUGAUUAAAAACCAAAUGCUCGUCGGAGAUAGCUGAUGGCAGACAAUUAUCUUCUUUUGAUGAAGUAAUAUAGAAGUGUGAUGCUGGAUUCCAAAUACUAGUGCCUAUUUUGCAUAUGCUAAUCCAGGAUGACAGAUCUCAAAAGUCACAUGCUGAAUACUGCUAUCUAACUUGGCCUUCAUGCAAUAUGUUUUCGUCCUCCUUUCGCUGAUGAACCUGACAAGCAACAACUGCGUCAUUAUUCUUACUGCAUAAAUCGUAUGUGUGUUGAUUGACUAGUUUUCGGAGAUGCUUCUAUAUUGAUUGACUCAUUUUGUAGAAAUAGUGCAGUGUACGUAAAGAACAAUUCUUGGGAUGAUAAGAAUCACAUCUUUAGAAUCA